AUGGCCCCCUCUUCAUCCAAGGAGAAGCGUCUUGCCAAGAAGGCUGCCGAGGGCAAGCUCAAGGGUAAGAAGGGCAAGAAGACUGAGGAGCCUGAGCUCGACGCCCACGGCAACCCCAUCAAGGACGAUGAUGCUCCCGCGACUUCAGGCGCAAAGCUCGACGAGGUGAAGCGUCUCGCUGAGCAGAUGGACAAACACGGUAUCUCCGACCGUGUCACCACCGGUGUCCUCGCCUCUACUCAAACCAGCAAGGACGUCAAGAUCACCAGUACCUCUCUGGUCUUCCACGGUCGAGUCCUUAUCACCGAUUCCACCCUAGAGCUCACCUACGGUCGACGAUACGGUCUUCUCGGUGAGAACGGUUGCGGAAAGUCUACUUUCCUCAAGGCCAUCGCCGCCCGCGAGUACCCCAUCCCUGAGCACCUCGAUCUCUACCUUCUCAACGAGGGUGCUCCUCCCAGUGACCUCGGUGCCCUUGAGUGGGUCGUCCGAGAAGCUGAGCUGGAGCUGGAGCGUCUCGACCACCAGGCUGAGAAGCUUCUCGAGGACGAGGGCCCUGAGAGCCCUGUUCUCCUUGAUCUUUACGAGCACAUGGACAAGCUUGAUCCCUCAACAUUCGCUACCCGUGCUUCCCUUAUCCUGACUGGUCUCGGUUUCAACAAGAAGACUAUCCACAAGAAGACCAAGGACAUGUCUGGUGGUUGGCGUAUGCGUGUCGCCCUUGCCAAGGCCCUCUUUGUCAAGCCAUCCGUUCUCCUUCUCGAUGACCCCACUGCCCAUUUGGAUUUGGAGGCCUGUGUGUGGCUCGAGGAGUACCUCAAGAAGUGGGAGCGAACUCUUGUCCUUGUAUCCCACUCUAUGGAUUUCCUCAACGGUGUCUGCUCCAACAUGAUUGACAUGCGAGGCAAGCAGCUCAUCUACUAUGGUGGUAACUACGACUCUUACAGCAAGACUCGAACCGAGAACGAGACCAACCAGAUGAAGGCCUACCAGAAGCAGCAGGAUGAAAUUGUUCACAUCAAGAAGUUCAUUGCUAGCGCUGGUACCUACGCCAACUUGGUCCGACAGGCCAAGUCCCGACAGAAGAUUCUCGACAAGAUGGAGGCCGAUGGUUUCAUCCAGCCUGUCGAGCAGGACCGUGUCUUCACUUUCCGUUUCGCCGAUGUUGAUAAGCUCCCUCCUCCCGUCCUGUCAUUCGAUAACGUCACCUUCUCUUACUCUGGCAAGCCUGAGGAUGAUCUGUACCGCAACCUCGACCUUGGUUUCGAUAUGGACUCCCGAACUGCCCUUGUCGGUCCCAACGGUGUGGGCAAGUCUACUCUGCUCCGCCUCAUGACUGGCAAGCUUUCUCCCACCGGUGGUGUUGUUACCCGACACACUCACUUGAAGCUCGGUCUCUACUCUCAGCACAGUUCUGAGCAGCUUGACUUGACGAAGUCUGCUCUCGACUUCGUUCGCGACAAGUACGCUGAGAAGUCACAGGAUUACCAGUACUGGCGUCAGCAGCUCGGCAAAUACGGUCUCAGCGGUGACUCCCAGACUGCCUUGAUGGGCACUCUGUCUGAGGGUCAGAAGAGUCGUAUCGUGUUUGCUCUGUUGGCCAUUGAGAGCCCCAACAUGUUGCUUCUUGACGAGCCUACCAACGGUCUGGAUAUUCCUACCAUCGACAGUUUGGCAGAUGCCAUCAACGCCUUCAGCGGAGGUGUUAUCGUGGUUUCUCACGAUUUCCGAUUGCUCGACAAGAUUGCCAAGCAGAUUCUCGUCUGCGAGAACCAGACUAUCCGUACAUGGGACGGUUCCAUCUCCGAGUACAAGAACUACCUCCGAAAGAAGAUGAUCAGCGCCGGAGCAGUCUAA